AUGAAUGGUCCAUACGACUGGCUAGACAUCCGACAUUUUGUCCAGAGCGAACACCCACUUGUAGCGGAGUUCUUUCCCUGGGUAGAGGGUUGGGAGUUUCAUGUGGGCGAGUCAGUUGAAUCAUGGGAUGGUUCGAAGAAAGGGAAGGUGUCUGCAGUAACAGAUGACGGUGUGGUGGUUGAGCUGGAUACGAUACCCUCAGUCCAGGAGUUUGUCAGUUGGAAAGUUUACAAGUGCUGGGAGCCAGGAGACUAUGUUUGCGCACCGCACGUUGGUGAAGAAGGUGGAGAUGGCCUUGUCAUCGGAAUGAAGAGCAACUACAUAUAUGCAUGGUUAGGACACGAGGACGACGACGACGGUAUGGGUAUGCUCAUAGAACAUCGCAACCUGGUACAUGCUGUUCCUAGAGUUGACCAGAUUGAAGUUCUGCUUGCAAGAUGCACAGAAGAUGCCGUCGUAGAAGCUUUCAAGUACGCAGGCAAAUACACCAGGAUGUCUGAUGACAAUAUUGCCCAAGAAGUUGCCCAGUAUCGAGAAUUCGAAAACAACAAAAACGAGUCAUUAGCUUUGUCCAGGACUUUUACAAGUCCAUGGAAGUGGUGGACCAUCUGCAUGUGGAGAGGAAACCAGAAGGGUGUACAUACACUUCUAAAUGUUACCACUGGGUGCAAUGUACUGUAA